AUGUCUCAGCCAGAACCUCAGAAAAUCAUCGAUCCAAGCAGUUCAUCCCAUAAAAAAACAGUGAAGAAAUUACCAACUCCAUUAAAUACAAAUGCUUCGUCAUGCAUUUAUACACAAUCUUUAGCGUUUACAAAAAAUAAGGUUUCAUUAUCAGCUAUGGCAUUUUUAUUCCAAGAAAUGGUAUCUACUAUCUAUAAAAACAGCAAAACAAUGGCAGAGUUUGAAGCAAAAUUAAAUAAGCAUGGAUUUGGCAUUGGUGUCAGACUGUUAGAAUUAUUAAACUUCAGAGCCUCUCUUCCAGUGACAACAAACUCAAGAUCUUCUAUAUUUCCAUCAUCAUCUUCAACUUCUGCACAAAAUCCAAGUAAUAGCACGGUAUCCGCAUCAGGGUCUGGAGCUGCAGGAGGGAACUCAGGCUCAGGUUCUACAACAGAUCGUCAUUCUAAUGGUCCAGAAUCUCUAACAAGUUUAAUUAAUACAAUGAAAAGACGUGAUUUAAAAAUACUAGAUAUCUUACAAUUUGUUCAUGGUACUGUUUGGGCAUAUUUAUUUGACCAUCCAAGUGACGAUCUUGUAAAAUCAUCUGAAAGAUCAAAUGAAUAUAUGAUUGUUGAUAACAUGCCUGUGUUCACCCAGUUUAUUCCAGGUGGUGUAUCGUGUGAUUUCUACGUAUGUGGUAUCGUUCAGGGGUUUUUAACGAAUGCUGGCUUUCCAUGCCGUGUGACACCCCAUCGUAUGCCACAAGAUGGGUUUGACAGAAGAAUAGUAUACCUAGUUCAAUUUGAUAAGCAAGUUUUAGAAAGAGAAGGUUUAAGAUUCGGCUCAAACUAG